UGUGAAGUCGGUGGCCCAGGAGCAAAAGAAUGAGAUCAUGUCUCAACUCCAGACAAUCCGGUUCCUGAUGAAGAAGAGAGGAAUGGACUGUCCACCCCUGAUCAUCAACGAGGCAUCAUGUGGGCGUAAUCUUGAUGACCUCAUUGAGUCACUCGGCGCUGACGACACCACGGCAGUGAAAGCUUCCAUGGUGGAAAAGCACACCUCUGCAGGAGCAACAGAGGUUUUGGAGAAAAUCUAUCAAAAGCAUUUGGAAGCCAAAGAUGAAGCGGCAACAGAAGGCGAAGAGAUGAAGGAGCUCAUACCGGAGGAUUCUGACAGGGAAGCAGAGGAAGAAGGACACGUAGAGGAAGAGGAGGAGGUUGCUGUGGAGGAGGAGGAGGAGGAGGAAGAGGGAUUGGAGGACUCUGAGCUCAUGCCCUCACUAGAGGAGUCAUAUGAGAAAAACAUUGAGGAGGUUGGAGCGGAGCAGCCUGCGCCGGGCCUCAGGAGACGUAACAGGCCUGAAUGAACUCAUUACAGGACUUCUGCAGUGUACGGAAAUUAGACGCAUUAUUAUGAAUAUUUAUUAUCUGAAAGGCUUUCAUUCCAAAAGGCUGUUAGUAGGCUGUGAAGUAAACACAUUAGAGCUCUAUUUUCCUGUGGCACUCUCAAAGAACAGACAAACUGUAGGUCAUGGUGCAUCUGCUGUUAUUGCUCAUAAUAGCAGUGUCAGACUGAAAAGCUCUAAAGGGUUCUGAUGUCACUAGUUGGCACUUACAGAUAGAAUAACAAAUGACCCCCCCCCCCCCAAAAUCAAACACUUUGCCUUGCAAUGCCUCAUCUGCUUGGGACUCCCAUCUUGUUGCUGCUCUGACAGAAAAUCCUACCCUGUGGUCAGGUGGGGAAAAUUGCAACAUAGCAUCGUGCUACUUGUUGUAGUGUUUGUGCUGACAUGAAAAUAGAGCCCAUGAUGUCCUUUACUUUCCUGUUUUUUAUUUAUUUAGUUAUUUAAUUUUUUUCUAACACAAAUGAUCCCCUUUUUAAAAUGCCUGAUUUUUGGGAUGAAAUUUAUAUACUUUUUUUUUUUUUUUUUUACUAGCUCUGCCAUCGGUUUAGGUUUGUACCUGUUUGUAUGCUGAAGCCAAACAUUUAAAGCGUAUAAUCUACAUUAAGGAGGUGGUGGUCAAUGUUGCCUGUUGCUUCUAAUUUGCCUUUACCAUUUCUUUUCUCAUGGUGGACAACUUGUCAAACACAGAGGUAACUAAUAACAAUUUAGACUCAAUUCCACUUAAGUGUUGCAGUUCAACGGACAUUGUAUUGUGAACGCUGGCCCACUGACAUGUCUUACUAGGACACUGAAAUGUAACAGAUCCACUGUUAAUAUUAGUAGCCAAGUAAAAAUGUCUUGAUGCGAUUAUCCCACUACGAUAAAUACCACAGGACAAGACCCAGCUGCUCUGUCUGUUAGUCUAGAGAAAUGUGCUUGUCGUUGUUGCAUCUUAACCCUGCACCAUCCUGUGCUGAGACCCCCUACCCCUACUGUCUAUUAGUAAAUUACAGAGAUUAAUGAUUUCAUGACAAAAUCCAUAAUCUAAGUCUUACCAUGAGCAAUUUUACUUUCCUAUUUUAUAAAAACAAUACCAUAUGCUAAUAAAUAUUUUUAUCAUGAAGGGUUUGACAUUAAUGCUGCUGGGUGCGAUGAGCCUACUUAGACUGCAUGAUGUUUAUUUAUUCAAGAGUGAAAUGACAAUCAUUUGUUAAACCAGAAACACAUUAUGUCUCUACUGUUUCACUGUUAUAUUACUUUUUAAAAUUCAUUAGCAUGUUUUUGUGUUUGUGGGAUGCCAGUAUCGUACAAAGGAAUCAGUUAUCACUCUGCCUUAUAUUUCAGUAUCUUUUUGAAGUUGUGAGUUGAGGUUCUUGUGAGGAGGCUUUCAGGUUGUUUCCAUGUUGUCUGUUGUUGGGAAACUACUAUAUCGGGGUGCUUUAACUCUACAUUUCUAAAUACAAUGAACAAAUGUGGGUCCUGAAUUUUUAAAUGAAAAGAAAUGUUAUGACUGCAAGUAUGACUACAGCACCAGAGUUAGAAUAGUUAUUAGUCUCAUCAUUUUUACAUGUGUCUCUGUCUGUUACAUAUUAACGCUGCACAGUUGAGUCAUUUGACUUUGCAGUACAUCAUACUAUGCCCAAAUGGUGAUGUAAAGUAAUGCUAAAUAAAAGGUAUAAAUCACACCUAGAAAGUAAUAAUUUUUGCAAAAAUGAGAUACCCCCUGUAGUAUAGCAUUUAAUGUGUCACAAGCUCAGAGCAUGGUUUCUUAUUGUUAUGAAGGCCACAAAUCAUUGCCUUAUCAGUAAUGAAACUGCAGGACGUUUUUACUUUAUUGUCACAUCUUGCCCACAAAUCUUUGCCUUAAUUUAUUUUGUAAAUGUUUCGUGUCGGUUCUUCCCAUUUAUGCAUAGUUACAUUUCUGUGUUGAAUGUUGUGCGUUUCAUGUGGGGGUUGAGUGAGGAAACUCAGCUUGCCUUAGAAAAUAAAACAAUGAAAAAAGUAA